ACGUAUUCUUGGCGCGCCUCGCCUGUCUCCAGCAGGAGUAUUGUAGCUCAUCAAUGUUAGUUUAACGGUAUCCAUCUCCAAUGGCUCAACAACCACAACAAACCGUUCCCUCCGCCCCAGACUCCCCUGCGCUCGUAGUCACCUCCAACGUGCAGAAAUAUGCUAUUAAGAAGAAAAAAGUCCUCAGUGCUGAAGAAACUGAGCUGUUUGAACUGACCCAGGCUGCAGGCAUCACUGUAGACCAAGAGGUCUUCAAGAUCAUAGUGGACCUGCUGAAGAUGAACGUGGCUCCUCAAGCAGUCUUCCAGACUCUGAAGGCGAUGUGUGCAGGUCAGAGAGUGGCCGAAAGCUGCGCCGGAGAGUCCUCAGCUGCCUCCCACACCACGAGCAUCACCACAGCACCAGCAGAGCCCAGAGAAGAGGACUCUUUGGUCUCUGGAAAGAGCCCAAAGCCGCCUGCAGCUGCCCCCUCAGCAUCUGGCCCCAGAGCCACAAGGGUCAACACUAAGAUUGUGGUCUACGGCCCCCAAGACUCUAGCUCUCCUCACUCUCAAGUGCGCAGUAAAGCUGGAGCGAGUCACGGUGAGAAGAGCAGAGAGGCGUCCAGCCAGCGGGUGCAGCGGCAGCCCAGCGCCACCAGGGGGCAGAAGACCAAGAGCUCCGGCAGCAGUAGUUCCUCCUCUCAGAUAAACUCCACAUAAGACUCAGGCCAAUGUGAGGCCAUUUGUAAAUAUGUAGUUUUUCUUUGCGUUUAUCUUUCUUUUUUCUUUUUUUUUUUACUGUGUAGCCUGUUUAAAGGGUUAGUUCACCUAAAUUACUGAACAAUGUCCAGAUUGAUCCGGAUAAUCCACGGAUGUCAGUGUGAACAGGUUUUUCGAUAUUUCUUUCUGGUUCAAAAUAGUUGCAAAGAAAACUGUUCACAGCGAGGUCUGUGAUGAGCCACAGAUAUCUGAAAACCUUGGAAAAUAAAACAGAAGCUACACGCAUCACUGGAUAGAUACCAUGGAUGUUAAUUGAGAAAAUAUGGAAAGUUUUCUCUCUUUUUCUCUUUCUUUUUUGUUGAAUUUGGGUAAAUCCAUCCUUUAAAGUUCUAACACAAGGUAAGACAAGUCCUCAUUCCUGUUCUGGUUACUGUAAGUAAUGUGCCAUGUAAAAUUCAAAAGUCCUACUGAAAAGAAAUAAAAGACAGAUUUUUCAAUGUGCAACUUUCUAUAUCACAAUUAAUCCUUAAUA